AUGACGGAUGUUGAAGAAAAGGACCCUUACGUCUAUGUGGAAGAUGAUUCUCGUAUGUCUCCUCCUUACCCUGUCCGUGACCGAACUACUACGAUCUCCAUAGGACAGACAAGGGACUGGGAGCAGAAACUGCUCGCAGAUCCAAAGAGUCGCCUAGCUCUCUCUGCACUCUCUGCGAAUCCGAUAGGUUCCAUCUUGACGAACCCUGCGGCACAGGUAGCGGAUACCCAGACCUUCAAUGUCCGCAUCCCCUUUGAAGGAGCACCCAUCACGAACCAGCGGUCCUCUGGCCGUUGUUGGCUCUUUGCCUCGACGAAUGUCUUCCGUGUGGCCAUCAUGAAAAAAUACAACCUCACGCAGUUCGAACUGAGCCAGGCUUAUCUGUUCUACUGGGACAAAAUCGAGAAGGCCAAUUGGUUCCUGGAGCAUGCGAUCGAUACUGCAGACCAGGACCUGGAUAGUCGAUUGAUCCAAAGACUACUGUUGAGCCCCGUCGGAGAUGGGGGCCAGUGGGAUAUGGUCGCUAAUCUGGUGCAGAAAUACGGCUUGGUCCCCCAGUCUCUAUAUCCGGAUUCCUACAAUGCGAAGAACAGCUCAAAGAUGGGGUCACUGAUAACAACCAAGCUGCGAGAACAUGCGUUGAUCCUGCGCAAGCUGGCACAGCGGGACAGUGCCAAGGCAAAGGCUUUACUCGCUGGUAAGAAGGAUGAGUUCCUGCAGGAGAUCCAUGCAAUCCUUACGAUCAUGUUGGGCCCGCCCCCAAGUACCGAGAAGAAGUUCUCGUGGGAUUUCUACGAUGCAGAGGAGAAGUUCCACAAGGUAUCUAUGACACCAAAGGAAUUUGCGGCGAGCCUGUCUACCAAGGAGGGAAUCCGUGCCUGUGGUGGUACCAACGUUCACGAGCUUUUCAGCCUGGUGAAUGACCCUAGAAAUGAAUACGGCCGUCUCUUGACGGUCGAUAGACUUGGAAAUGUGGUCGGUGGUAGGCCCACUACCUAUGUCAACGUUGAUAUGAAUACGAUCAAAUCUGCUGCUAUCUCCAUGCUCCGCGCCGGUUUGCCGGUCUUCUUCGGCUCCGAUGUGGGCAAGUUCUCGGACUCGGCAUCCGGGAUCAUGGACCUGACGCUGUACGAUUAUAGCCUUGGUUUCAAUAUCAACCUUGGAUUGAACAAGGCCAAUCGACUCAAGACGGGCGAGUCUGCCAUGACGCAUGCAAUGGUCCUGACGGCCGUGCACAUUGAGGGAGGUAAGCCUGUCCGCUGGCGCGUUCAGAACUCCUGGGGCGAAAAUGCUGGAGACAAGGGAUGGUUCGUCAUGACCGAUCGCUGGAUGGAUGAGUUUGUCUACCAGGUAGUCGUCGAUCCCAGGUUUGUUAGCAAGGAGGUCAGAGACGUUCUGAGCCAGGAGCCCAAGGUGCUUCCCCUCUGGGACCCUAUGGGUGCACUGGCCUAA